UUAAAAAUGGUCAACAAAAAGACCACUUUGAUCCUAGCAAUGAUAGUAUUCUCUGUGUGGGUUGCUGCUGCAGCAAGAACAAAGCUUCACUCUAUCAAUGGUAAGGAAGGACAAUUUGCAUCUUCCCCACCUACUGACGAUGGCAUUUGCAAAACAAUGGUGGAGCCACGAGGCUAUAUAUGCCAUGAGCACACGGUAACAACCAAAGAUGGUUAUAUUCUUAGUAUGCAGAGGAUGCCGAAUUCGCGGUCUGGUCAGUCAGCAAAGAAUCCACCCGUUUUGUUACAACAUGGGCUCAUGAUGGAUGGCAUAACAUGGCUGCUAAAUUCCCCAACCGAAUCUUUGGCAUUCAUUUUGGCAGAUAAUGGCUAUGACGUGUGGAUUGCCAACACUCGUGGGACUAAAUACAGCAGCAAACACGAGUCACUUUCUCCCAGCGAUCAGGCUUACUGGGAAUGGUCAUGGGAUGAAUUGGUGACGUAUGAUCUUACUUCUUUUGUCCAAUUUGUGUACAACAAUACAGGAAAGAAACUGCACUAUGCUGGACAUUCAUUGGGAACUUUGAUGGCUUUUGCUUCCUUUUCCGAAAAUAAGCUGUUGAACAAGAUUAGAUCAGCUGCUUUGCUAAGUCCAAUUGCUCACUUGGCUCACGUGUUAUCACCUCUUGCAAGAACUGUUUCUGAAAUUUUUUUAGCGGAAGACAUGUACUGGUUAGGCCUUCAUGAAUUUUCUCCAAGAGCUAAGCCUGCAGUCCAACUUCUAGAAUAUUUCUGCUCUCAGCCAGGCAUCAACUGCUCUGACUUGAUGAUUUAUUUCACAGGCCAAAAUUGCUGCCUAAAUUCCUCAACAGCAGAUACGUUUCUUAAACAUGAACCUCAGCCAACUGCCACAAAAAACAUUAUCCACCUGGCUCAGAUGAUUAGAACGGGAACAAUAGCCAUGUAUGACUAUGGUGCAGUUGAAAACAUGAAUCACUAUGGACAAAGUACUCCUCCACUGUACAACGUGACAAGUAUUCCAAAUGACUUUCCUCUUUUCAUGAGCUAUGGUGGGAAGGACUUGCUUUCGGAUACAGAUGAUGUGAAGCUUUUGCUACAAAACCUCAAAAAUCACAACGCCAAUAAGUUGGUUGUACAAUACAUAAACAACUAUGCUCAUGCUGAUUUUGUUUUUGGCUUCAAUGCUAAUCAACUUGUAUACAAUCCUCUAAUGGCCUUUCUUAACCUGAACUGAAUUUGAGAAUUCUGUUUUCGACCUGUAGAUGAAUUAGUAAACUAUAA